CGAGAUUUCAAUUUUGAUGUUGUUGUUGCGUCAUUUAGGUUUCCAAACUGCAAAUUUAUAAUAAAGCUGAAGUGAAGGUAGCGAAAUAUUAUUAAAUAUUCAGUGAAAGGAAGACAUAUUUGGCUAUGGACACCUCGCGUACUUUGCUAAAACAUCUAAACGACAAGUUAAACCCUCUUGGAAUGGAAGUCUAUUUAUUCAAAGUUUCAUGGUACAACGAAACAGUUCGUCCGUGUUUUAAACUCCCAUAUGCAGAUAACGUUAUAUGUGCCGUAGUUCUAACUGUCCCGGCGUUUUUCGAAAGCGCAUUUCUGCCCAACGUGGAAAAUUUAUUGGCGCAAAAGCAGACGAAGGAUCCAAUCGAUGAAUGCAUUGCGUUCCAUUUAAACGAGACUGUUUCUGGCUUGAACAUUGGUGGUAUAACCAUUAUGUAUGAUUAUGAAAUAUUACCAAACCGGAGACCUAAAGUGUUGGUGCAAACUGCAGCUCACGUGGCAGGUGCUGCGUUUUACUAUCAGAGGGAGCAUGUAUUAAAACCUUCAGUUGAAUUUAACAAGUUAGAACCAUCAUCUCAUUGUGAUGCUGCAGGUGACCGUAAUCAAAAUAAAGGACACUGCAGGGAUAGUUGCAAUGCUAAAGAGGGUACAUCAGGUUCUAUUGACCCUUGGGGCGGAAAAAGAAAAAUUUACGGCGUUUGCGUUCAUCCCAAAUAUGGUGGUUGGUUUGCAAUAAGAGCAGUUCUUGUGUUCACUGAGUUAGAAGAUGCUAACCUCACAAAACUAGAGCCAACAGAUUGUGUAAAGACAAGAACUGAAAGAAUUGAUCUAUUGGAGAAAUUUAAUGGGAAUUGGAAAGACUCAACUUAUAGAGAUGUAAUUCAAGUGAAAGAGAAAUAUAGCGAACUUCAAACACUAUAUUUUCUAACCCUUCCUAAAGAUCGAAUGAAACUUUUACAGCAAAUUGUGAAUAACCAAACAGUGUAAUCAUAGAUAUCAAAUAACUAUAUUCUAUUUUAUAAACUGCAAGUGAUAAUAGUUUGCACAGACAAAUACUACAAGCCUACUAUUUUAUUAAUUUAUGUUUUGGACCAAAUCUGGUUCUUAAAGGACCUCAACCAUACAGAAUAAAAACGAUUCAAAAGAAUUUAAUAUAUAAACCCCCUUAAAUAAAUAUUUGUGGUUUAUGGUAAAAAAAAAACAUAAUUUUACCGCUUGAAUAUUAUACACAAAAUUCUUGUGCUGUUACUAGUUUUAUACGUGUUUACAAUUUGUUGUUUGUACCAAGUUUCAAACAUGGAUUCCCAUUAAUUUAUUUAAAUAUAUUUCUAAUUAAUGUUAAUAUGAUGUUUGUUAUUGUUAUUUAAUUCUAAACUUCUAUGCACCAGACAUCAGUAUAAAUAUUCAGAAUUACCUGUUCUUACAGAAGCACUUUAAUUAAUUUCUGGCAAUCGAAUAAAAUGCAGCAUAGUUGAUGCUGGUAUGAGAACUAUGGCUCUCCGUUGUCACUUAGGUUCAAAUAAACAAUUCCAAAUACUGCGAAGUAAUAUGAAUUUUGCAAGAACUGUCACGCACAGUAAACAAUGUCUUAAUGGCUUGUUACAGAACCAUACAAGGACACUUCAUAUUUAUUCCAACUUGCAACAAUCAACUAUAAAUGGAAAACAUGAUAUUGGCCACUUACACAAAACGCAUUUAUCACAAACUAGACUCAAACAUAAAGUGCUUGGUAAUUCAUUUACCAAUUCCUUGCUUUUUAAUCCUUCAAAGUCAAAUUGGAAUUUUAAUCUGACAAGAAGUUUUGCGAAUUUUUCCUCCUCUUCAAGUGGGAAUAAUGAAGAUGAUGGCAAAGAAGACGAUGAUGAUAAGCCUGUUACCAAUGAGAAUAAUGAACAAGAAGCAGUUGAGCAAGAGGAAAAUAAACGUCCAGAAGUAAUUUACUCAGGGUUGGGGAACUCUAACUCAGUAGCUUUGAGUGCGUUAACCGUUCCUGACAAUUUUCCAAAUGUUCCAAUUAUUGCUGUGAACAGGAACCCUGUGUUUCCGAAGUUUAUUAAAAUGAUUGAGAUAAAAGAUCCGAAAUUAAUGGAAGUUCUAAGAAGAAAGAUUUCUCUCUCUCUUCCAUAUGCUGGUGUCUUUGUGAAAAAAGAUGACAAUAAUGAAGUGGAUGUUGUGGAUGAUCUGGAGCGUGAUCUUUACUCCGUGGGAACCUUCGUGCAGAUCCAUGAGAUGCACGAUAUGGGCGACAAAGUUAGAAUGAUAGUAAUGGGACAUAGGAGGAUCAAGUUAUGUGAGGCCAUGAGCAUAGAAGAAGACAUCCUUAUUGAUCAGAAGCCGGAGGAUGAAGGAUCAAAGAAAGAAGACAAAAAUGAAGUGAAGCCAAAUGAGGAGAAUCAAGUCACGAAGGGAAUAUUGAUGGGAAAAGUGGAAAAUAUUCCAAACCCCGAGAUUCCCACUUCAGAGGAUAUCAAGGCACUAACUGCUGAAGUUGUGAAGACAAUCCGGGACAUUAUUUCUCUCAAUCCUUUAUACAGAGAAUCAGUGGCUCAAAUAAUACAGGCUGGACAGCGAGUAAUGGACAACCCCGUGUACUUAAGUGACAUGGGAGCAGCACUGAGCAGCGGCACAACAGAUGAACUACAAGAUGUAUUAGAGGAAAUGAAUGUAAGAGAGAGGUUAUACAAAUCGCUUUCGUUGCUUAAGAAGGAACUCGAACUAAGUAAGUUGCAGCAAAGACUUGGCCGAGAGGUUGAGGAUAAAGUGAAAGCCACACACAGGAAAUAUAUGUUGCAGGAACAACUAAAAAUCAUCAAGAAAGAACUCGGUUUGGAAAAAGAUGACAAAGACGCGAUCGAAGAGAAAUUUCGAUCUCGAUUAAAAGAACUGACUGUACCACAACAUAUACAAGAAGUCAUUGAUGAAGAAUUGAAUAAACUUGGUUUCCUUGACAACCAUUCAUCUGAGUUUAAUGUAACACGAAACUACUUGGAUUGGUUAACUUCCAUACCAUGGGGAAAAUCAAGUGAGGAUAACGUGGAUAUAAAGAAAGCAAAAGAGAUCCUCGAAAACGAUCACUUUGGAAUGGAUGACGUUAAGAACCGUAUCCUUGAGUUCAUAGCUGUCAGCAUCCUCCGAUCCCAUACUCAUGGGAAGAUCCUUUGCUUCCAUGGUCCUCCAGGUGUUGGGAAGACAAGCAUAGCGAGAUCAAUCGCUCGUGCUCUUAAUCGAGAGUACUUCAGGUUUAGUGUUGGAGGAAUGCAUGAUGUUGCGGAGAUUAAGGGACAUAGGAGGACAUAUGUGGGUGCAAUGCCUGGAAAGAUGAUACAGUGUUUAAAGAAGACAAAGACGGAGAAUCCACUUGUGUUAAUAGAUGAGGUAGACAAGAUAGGCAGAGGAUACCAAGGUGAUCCUUCAUCUGCUUUGUUGGAACUUCUCGACCCCGAACAAAAUCAUAACUUUCUGGAUCAUUACCUGGAUGUUACUGUGGACUUAUCAAAGGUUCUCUUCAUAUGCACAGCCAACGUACUAGAUACAAUACCAGAUCCACUUAAAGAUAGAAUGGAAAUGAUUCAAGUGUCAGGUUACGUCGCCGAGGAAAAAACGGCGAUUGCCCGGAAAUACCUGAUCCCACAAACCCAUGAGCAAUGCGGUCUCAACGAGGACAAAGCGUUUGUAGAGGACGAAGCGUUGGACCUUCUUAUUAAGAAUUAUUGUCGUGAAAGUGGAGUACGUGGCUUGCUACAACAAAUAGAAAAGAUCCACCGUAAAGCUGCAUUCAAACUUGUAAACGAACAAUCCGAAGAUCGUGUUGUUGUUAACCAAUCAAAUCUAGAGGAUUUCGUGGGGAAACCCCCGUUUACGUCAAACCGCAUGUAUGACGUCACGCCACCAGGUGUCGUCAUGGGGUUGGCUUGGACGGCUAUGGGCGGCUCGACUCUUUACAUCGAGUGUUGUGAACGUAGCAGGCGUGACGUCAAAGAAGGUGGUGACGUUACUGUGGAACUUACUGGAAGACUUGGUGACGUCAUGAAAGAAUCUGCGAGGAUCGCGUCAACUUUUGCGCGAAGUUUUCUUGCAAGAAAGAAGCCGGAAAACCAUUUUUUCGAUGGAGCUAACCUGCAUUUGCAUGUGCCAGAGGGCGCCACUCCCAAGGACGGCCCAAGUGCUGGUUGUACAAUGGUCACGUCCCUACUUUCCUUAGCCCUUAAUCAACCCAUAAGACAAGAUAUUGCGAUGACUGGCGAACUGUCGCUCACAGGCAAGGUACUUCCUGUUGGUGGAAUUAAGGAGAAAACGCUGGCGGCGAAGCGGGCGGGGGUUAGCUGUCUCAUAUUCCCGCGGGAGAACGCAAAGGACUUCAACGACCUCGCUGAGUACAUCAAAGCUGGCGUUGAAACCCACUUCGUGGAGCAUUACUCUGAGGUUUUUGAGAUUGCUUUCGGACAACCCAUCAGCUAAUCCACGCAUGUAGCAACCGACUUUACCACCCAAUGUGUUAGAGCGUCAUCUGUGGAAUAUUCUCAAAGGAGAAACAUCAACUUCGAACCUGAAAUAAAAGAAAUCUUCUAAUCGAUACAAAACCAUUGUCGUCUCGUCUUCGCCUGAUCUCUAAAUUUCUCUGUUAAAUGUCACCUGUUCCAUCCUAAGCUUUAAUUCGUAACCUGUCGGGUUAAAAACUUGACUCUUGCAUCAAAUUCACGCAGUGUAAAGUUAGUUGAAUAAAACAUGAAUAUUUUAUUUUAA